AUGGGACAUUAUGAAUUGGUACACGAAGCAGCACAUGCAGUGGAGAAGAUCAUCUGCGCCGCUAACACGGGCGAAACCGAACUGAUGUCGAUGUGGUAUGAUGAAUUGGUAGAAGAAUAUUUGGCCGAACAACCCGUUGGAAUCGAGUUGUUUCCCUUUUCAUCGCUCGAAUUUCAACUAAAGAUCGCAACUGCUUUCGUCGUUCUCCAGCAAGAGGCCUUUGAUGAACAACUUCGCCUUAUGGAAACAUUGAAGUACUUGAUGGAUAGACGACUAAAAGCACGUCAUGGUAGUAUAAUUAAAGAUUUUCAACUCCUAUUACCUUCGUACCAGAAGUCGUUCGUUUAUAUCUUCAAAGUAGGCCGAAUCGAGCUAUAUUGGUUCUGGGACCCCAACGAAGGGGAAGAACUGAAUAAUGCAGUAGAAGUACAGGACGAGAAUUUAACAUUUUUUGAAAAUUGCCUUGCACAGUACUUGGAAAAACGAGGAGUCCACAAAUUAAAUUCAUUAAGCAAAAAAGCGGGUGUGGUUAUAGCAAAUGACACGGUUCAUGAUUCAGCUAACACUACAAUCUACGCUCUCUAUUCAUCGAAUCAACAUGCUGGCAUUCUUUGGUUCCCUCUUCAUUCGCAAGCUCCUUUCGAAUCCUCUGUAAAUUUGUAUAAUAAAAUAAGAGAACUAAGACAUGCUUUUAUCGCUGUGGUAGAUUCCGCGGAUUGCUGGCUCAAUUCAGAUGUAUCUCUAUCCAUCGGAAGAACUCCACCUAUUGUGAUAAGUCGAGGGCCACUUGAAUUUGAUACAAUUCGCUCCUUAUUCCUUUGUGGAACCGAUGUUGUAGUAGAACUGGAUGUAACCUCUUCAAUUAAAGAAGCAGAACGAUUAGUUGACGAGAUAUGCCAAGCAAGCGACAUCGCGAUGGUCCUUCCCCGUUACAAAUGCACCUUGAGGUCCGCAGAUUGCUUACUUUGGACAGCCCCACCUACCCCUCGAAUGAGUCUGGACACUUUAAAGACGCAUGCAGGCAACAUUAAGAAUAACACAGAAAUGGAUCUCACAACUGGCCAGAUAUCUAAUAAAGUGCCAACAUUUCUACUCGAAACACGGCAUUUGAGCAACUUCUGGCUGAAUAGGACACGAAGAAGGAAUAGCAACGGAUCCGAGGAUAAUGCUCUUACCGAAACAACCGAAUUCCUCAUGCGGACCCUCUUGAAAGUUACUACAUUCCCCACAAAACAAGAACAGCACGAUUUUCGAGACAAAAAGCAGGGCACAAGAAAGAAGAGACGAAGAAAAAAAAUGGAAAAUCUAGUUGCUAGAGGCUACAUGUCAGACUCUGGCGAAACAUCGUGCCACCACCCCAUACACUCACGAAGUCUCAGCGAUCUCCAUACCUAA